AUGGUCGCAGUGGUCUUCCCCAUGGUGCCACCGUUUGGGUGGAUAGAGUUCAACCGAGGGAAGCACGUGGUGCACCAGGAGGUCUUCCGAGAGCUCUUCCUGCAAACUUUUCCGACGGCUGGUGUAGCAAGGCCGCACCUCAUCGAUGCUGCCGAGGACACGAUCCCGAACACAAGGUACGUCUGGCGAGUCGGUGGCAAUCAUGAGUUCGAGCUCCCGCUGAAAGAUGGUGAGCUCUACGAGAAGAGGUUGCCCUACCAAAUCGUGGAGUGGUACGAGGAGUUCGAGCGACGAGGCGGUGUGUUGUACCCGCCACCUGGGACUUACUUGUACUAUCAAAACAAAGUGGGGUUGGCUCGCCUUUUCAUCGAGCGGAAGGUGAAGAUCCCCCCAACCUGGGUCAUCACGAGCGCGGAGGAGGCUAAGAUGGAGAAAGACAACAUCCGAUUUCCGGUAGUCAUCAAGGACCCGUACGGUUUCUCCAGUCUCGGCUUGCUCCAGGCAGCCAACCCUGAUGAAUUCGUGGAG